UAAUCAUACAUAUAAUUGUUUAUGUAGGCAUUUGUUCCUCUAUAUUCACAUUAUGACAUUGUUGGCUGCACACAUGUAACUCCAACACAAUUUUCGUACAUAUUUACACAUGUAUGUAUAUUUAUUUACUGCGAAUUCAGUUACUUGCGAAUUUCACAACUUCCAAUCGUAGAGUAAAUAGGUAUAUGUCAAACAAUAUUUUUAACUCGUAAAAAUACCGAAUGGGGGCGAACAUCCAUAUAUAAAUCACAUUAAGUUUAGUCGAUCGAAAGAUUGGGAAGGCGCUGCAGAGCAAAACCAAUAACACGCUUAGUCGUUAACAUCAGAUAAUUGUUAAAAAAAAAAACACAGCAGCGGAAAAUACAAAGCGCAUGCAUACAUACGCACAAGUGCUUGGAAAUAAUUUAAUAGAAAUAACAUAUUUGUGCGAAAAAUAAUUUUGCGAGCAAUGUAGUUUCAUUUCAAAUUGCUUAUAAAAAUACCUAACAUUUUUUUAUCUAUAAAUUCAAGAUAUUCGAAUAUUCAGCAACUUGCGACAACCUAGACAUACCAAAGAAAUGGCCAAAAUAGUUUUCUACUUUUUGGUGCUCUGUGUCGCGUUAAUGUGCCAGUCACGUGCCAACCCGAUCGAUGGAAAAGCCCUUGUGGCUACUGAGUUUCUGGUGUUGCACAACAAUGACAUGCAUGCUCGUUUCGAGCAAACGAACGUAAAUGGCGGCAAGUGUUUGCAGGCGGAUGCCGAUUCCAAUAAAUGCUACGGCGGAUUCGCGCGAGUUGCACAUGAAGUACGAAAAUAUCGAGAAGAGGCAGCGAAGGGUGGCACACCUGUGAUAUAUUUGAAUGCUGGAGACACAUACACCGGCACGCCAUGGUUCACUAUUUUUAAGGACAAUAUUAGCGUAGCAUUCCUAAAUAAAUUGCAACCAGACGCAAUUUCACUGGGCAAUCACGAGUUUGACGAAAAGAUUGAAGGUCUCUUGCCGUUCCUGGAAAAAGUUAAUUUCCCUGUUUUGACUUGCAACUUGGACUUAAGUAAGACGCCCGAACUGAGUGUGGCCAAGAAUUUAAUGAACUCAACUGUCCUCGAAGUUAACGGUACAAAAGUUGGUCUAAUUGGCUAUUUGACACCUGACACCAAGUUUUUAAUAACACCCAACACCCUUGAAUUUAAAGACGAAAUUGAAUGCAUUAAUGAGGAGGCUGCAAAGUUGAAAGAACAAGGUAUAAACAUAUUAUUCGCUUUGGGUCACUCAGGGUAUCAAACAGACCAGAAAAUAGCGGCUAAUUGUCCAGAUAUUGAUCUGGUUAUUGGCGGUCAUUCGCACUCAUUUCUAUAUACCGGUAACGCGCCCGAUGUAGAGCCCAUUGAGGGCCCCUAUCCAACAAUUGUAAAGCAGCAGAGCGGCAAAGAAGUGCCAGUGGUGCAAGCAUAUGCCUACACGAAAUAUUUAGGAAAACUCCAUUUGCAGUUCGAUAAAGACGGAAAUCUGAUCGAAUUUGAUGGCACGCCAAUUUUGUUGAACGCUGACGUGCAACGAGAAAGCGAUAUUCUAGAACUACUUGAAGUGUAUCGUCCAAACAUCACCAAUCUGGAGAACACAAUUGUAGGCCACACAAAGGUGCAAUUAGAUGGUCGUUCGACAAUGUGUCGCAGUGUGGAGUGCAAUUUGGGGAAUUUAGUUGCUGACUCAAUGAUUUAUGCUCGUGUAAUCGAAGACCAAGGUGGUGCUUUCUGGACUGAUGCACCAAUUGCAAUUAUGAAUGGCGGAGGUAUACGGUCUGGAAUCGACAAGCGCUCAGAUGGUUCAAUUACAGAAAAUGAUGUUUUAUCUGUUCUGCCGUUCAAUAAUAAAUUGUAUGUGCUUAGUAUAUCUGGAAAACAGCUGCGCAAAAGUCUCGAAUUGUCGGCCAAAAAACGCACUGAAGAUUCUAAUGGCGGUUUCCUACAAUUUUCUGGUUUACAUGUCGCAUAUGAUUACCGUAACGAGGAGGGUAGUCGGGUUACUUCGGUGGAAGUACGCUGUGGUGAAUGUGAUAUGCCAGAUUACGAACCGUUGGACGAUUCCAAAACAUAUAAGAUUAUAUCUACUGCAUUCUUAGUAAAUGGUGGGGAUGAAUACAAUUUGGUUGAGAAUGGUUCAGAACCCAUAUUAAUGAAAUGGAGUGAUGGAGAAGCGUUAAUUGAAUAUUUAAAACAUCGUGACUUCAUAUAUCCUGAAUUGGAAGGUCGAAUUGAGGUUAUUGAGUCAAGUAACUCCGGCGCAUCUAAUACCAAAUCCUUUAUAUGCCUAACUCUUGCCAGUUUAGUAAUGUUUUUUCUUCGAUCCUUCCAUUAGAUAUAUAUCUGCUUUAUAAACAGUCGCCAAAAUUACAUAUUUUUGUAUUAAACAAUGUACUUUUAUUGAAUUACAAAAAUAUAUAUACAUAAAUCUUAGUAGGAGCACAAUUGAGAUAUUGCUUAUUAAUAGCACAAAAGUAAUUAUUUUUGAACUUUAAAAUAUAUAUUUGCCAAACUCUUUUCGUGCAUCUUGUUUUAUAUAAUAAAUAAUUACAAAAUAUGUUUAAUUGAUUUUUGGUGUAUUAGGGGAACAUAGCGACUAAUUUGAAUCAAACAAGUAGUAAUUGAAGCUAUUUUACGUUUCUAAUAUUUUAAAAGCGUACAGAGGGCUACAAAGAAUAAGAUAACUCGGAGUAUUGUAAGUAGUAAAUAAUACAAAAUAAUUGUAAAAAAGGAAAAGAAUUAUAUGGACGCUCGCUUAAAAAAUGAGAAAAAGCUAUAAAGUAGAUUUCACACCACUUCAUAAAAAAACCAUGUUAUGUUAUAUGGAGUAGAAUAAAUACUUAUUGAACUUCACGUCACUCUGACAA